UAACCAAUAUCACGGCAAGUUCCCGCUGUCACCAGUUCCUAGCAGUAGCGGCACUCUACUGAUAACGCUUCCCAAAUUCAAAGAAGAAAGUCAUGGUUAACUCUUCUUGGCGCCGACUGUUUUGCCCCUCUCGCUUUCAGUUUUCUCGUUACAUUUCCUCUUCGUUUGAUCCACCUCCUCUUCCUCCCCUUCGAAGAGUUGUCGUCACUGGCGUGGGCAUGGUGACGCCGCUUGGUUGCGGCGUGGAGCCCACGUGGAAGCGUUUGAUAGGUGGUAAAUGUGGAAUAAGAGCAAUAACAAUUGACGACCUUAAGAUGAAUAAUUUUGAUAAAGAUGCUCAAUUACAUGCAUUUGAUCAGUUAACUUCUAAAGUUGCUGCAAUUGUGCCUUGUGGAACGAAUCCUGAUCAAUUCAAUGAAGCUUUAUGGCUAAAUUCUAAGGACCACCGAUCAAUUGCAAGGUUUAUAGCCUAUGCUUUAUGCGCAGCUGAUGAGGCUCUACAUGAUGCAAAAUGGCUACCUGACAGUCAAGAGAAGAAGGAAAGAACGGGAGUAUCUAUUGGUGGGGGUAUAGGAAGCAUAGGUGACAUAGUGGAUGCAGCACAAUUGAUGUGUGAAAAGCGUCUUCGCCGGCUUAGUCCAUUUUUUACUCCCAGAAUAUUAAUUAACAUGGCUUCUGGUCAUGUGAGCAUGAAGUAUGGAUUCCAGGGACCAAACCAUGCUGCAGUGACUGCUUGUGCUACUGGGGCACAUUCUAUUGGUGAUGCUGCAAGGAUGAUUCAAUUUGGGGAUGCUGAUGUUAUGGUGGCUGGAGGCACUGAGUCCAGUAUUGAUGCUUUAUCUAUAGCAGGAUUUUGUAGGUUGAGGGCUUUGACUACAAAGUACAAUUCUGCUCCUCAAGAAGCUUCACGACCUUUUGAUUGUGAUCGCGAUGGGUUUGUUAUAGGUGAAGGUUCCGGUGUUUUGAUAUUAGAGGAACUUGAGCAUGCGAAAGAGCGAGGCGCAAAAAUUUAUGCAGAGGUUCGCGGCUAUGGGAUGUCAGGUGAUGCUUAUCACAUUACUCAACCACAUGCUGAUGGAAGAGGUGCCAUUUUGGCCAUGAAGCAAGCCUUAAAACAGUCUGGACUUCAUCCUAGUCAAGUGAAUUAUAUAAAUGCCCAUGCUACAUCAACACCUCUGGGUGAUACUGUGGAGGCCAGUGCUAUAAAAUCUGUAUUCUCUGACCAUGCAAUGUCAGGGGCUUUGGCAUUUUCCUCCACAAAGGGUGCUGUCGGCCAUCUUCUUGGAGCAGCUGGAGCUGUAGAAGCAAUAUUUGCGGUUUUAGCCAUACACCAUGGAAUUGCGCCAUUAACUCUCAAUCUCUCUAAGCCAGAUCCUAUAUUCAAUGACACUUUCAUCCCUUUAACUUCUUCAAAGAAGCUCUCAAUAGCUGCAGCUUUAUCGAACUCUUUUGGUUUUGGAGGAACUAAUGCAUCACUGCUCUUCACCAAGUGUUGACCUCAACCACAGGAUUGAAGUAGCGGCAUCUACAUAUGGAGCUAGAGAACCAAGUAAAAGAUCAUGUCAAAUUUUACUUGAGUGAUUGUACUCCAUCUCAGGAAAGAUGUGGCUGCAAAGCAAAUAGUUUUUCAUGUUUGUUUUUGUACUCAGAUCAGGAAGGUUAUCCCUAAAUUGGUUAUCCGGCAUAAUAUGAUGAAUGAAACUGCAUGGAGUAAGGAGGGGUUUUUUGUUGCGAAUCUCUCAAACUUGAAAGGAGAAGCUUUUUAUUGUAGAGAGGUACACUUUUUUUUUAAUCUACGUAGACAUACAUUAUAUCACAUCAUUUAAUUAAAUUUAUUAUUCUCUUGGAACCUAA